CACCGCUGUAGGUGUCCUGUCGAAGCGCGUUAAUAAAACGGUGGAGCAGGUUUUUUGUUUUGGAACCUGUUGGGGAUUUCUUGCUGCUCCACGCCCUUCUACGUUUUGUUACUCUUGUGGUCGCCAUAGUGGCUCUUCUUUCUCUGUAGUUUCGAAUGGGGCACGAACUCUAUGUUGAGCCAAAAUGGCGUCAGUUUCACAGCCUCGGGGCUCAUGUCCUUGGCUCGUGUGGUUGGGAAGUGACGCUGUGCUGACUAGCUGAGACUCAUAGCAACCAGCAACCGAAGCGGGCUAGAUCAACUGUAUUUAUGAGACGGCAGCGGAGAAGGAUUAAAGCACAUUUGCCUAAAACGGACUCCAACGAGAAGGGAUAAUACACAUGUGUGAAUUAUUUUAAAAAAACAUGUCGUGAGGCAACAUCGCUGUAUGAGCUGGUCUCGGUUAAGACUUUUUUUGUCUCCGGAAGGAAGGAGGACUGGGGUUGGGACGAGUCGAGGGAGCAGAAAAAAAAAAUAAUCCACAAAACAUUCACAUUGAGAGCGGUUUCCAUCACUCGGGAGCUAACGUGUGGAACCGAUUACAAACUGCAAAACAACACGGUUUUCAUUUUGGAACAGAGAAGAAGAAGAAAAAAAAAACUCUUAGAUUUGUGUUUGGCUUUUUUUUUUUUCAUUUUGGGAGAUUUCACGUUUUUCGAGCGUGGUUUAAUUUUAUUUAUUUUUUUGGUUACGCCAAAAAAAAAAAUUCAAACUUUUCAAGCAACUGAAAUAAAAAAAAAAGCUUAGUCGGUGACAGCAAACAACAGAGGAAGCAGACCUAGAGAAAACGUUUUUCAGUUGAACGCCUCUCAUUUGUUAUUUGAAGAAAAAUACUUGAGUUCGGUCAUGCAGUUAAAACUUGUUUUUACUGACAAAGAGGAAUGUAGGCUUGCACAUUGCUAUUUAGGAACGAUUACAUGGGGAAUGGGAUCUUGUGUACUCUAGCAGUGUUAAUAUUAUGAAGAAAGUCCUCUCCAUUGAAACAGAUUCGGUAUUUGCAUACCCUGAUUUGACAACGCGGAAUUGUUUUUAAUACCUUGCUUAACGUCACUUUGUUUUUUUAUAUGUAUAUAUAGUCUUCCCAUGAAGUGACAGAUCAUAAUCGAAUGAGACGGGACUGAUCAGAUUUAUUCAGUGCGGGCGUGCGACUUAAUCAUGUCAAAUGGUGAAAUCUGCUAGCUGCUUUCUCAAUUACCAACAUUUCCAUGCUUUAAAUGAUGGAUUUUUUUUUUUUUUACCGAGUGAACGAUAUUUUUUAAAGUCGCAAUAUAAGCUAAAUAACAGGAUUAAAAAAAAAAUAAUAAUAAUUUGUGUGCUGCAGAGCAAUUUUUUUUGUUUGUUUUGUUUUUUUACUUCCACUGAAUAAGUGUUCAAUAUUCAAAAAAUAAAUUAGCUCAAAUCCUUCGCUAACCUCCAUAGAUUCUCAUCAGAGUUCAAACUUGGAAAGUCAAUUUUUGUUUGGUUCGGCAUACCUUUCUUUGGAUGGUGGCUCCAGUCUCUAUUUGCAACUAUGAUGAUACUAAGCAGAAAGCCAGAGGGGCCGAUUACAGCGGCCAGACAUGGGGACGGUUUGUACGACUCAUACAUGCGAUCAGACCAGGCUGGUAAGCACGGCACUGACUCUGAUGGCCAUACCCCUGCUGCUCUGCCACCCCUUCCCAAACACACAGGCGGGAGUGUCCACAAGACCUCACCAAAGGAUCAUCAAGUUGGAGGUCGAGACCAUGUGAAGAUGAGACACUUGCACGAGGACGCUUCCAAUAGAAAGCCGAACGGUGCCCUGCAGCACAAUGGCAUCCACAGCACUGCAAAAGCACAACCUGUGACGGCCAAAGAACGAAGUGUGGACAGCAGCGGCUCUGCCAAGUCCGGGGACAGCUUGGGUAAAACUACCAGGCCUGGCCUAAUGACUCCCGAACAUGCCUUGAAGCAGCACAAGCAGCAACUCACUGCCUUGGAGCAGCAGGAGAUCCUCACCUAUCCUGAGAUCUACUUUGUGGGACCAAAUGCCAAAAAGAGGCAAGCCGUAGUGGGUGGCGCCAACAACAAUGGUUACGAUGACGACCAGGGGGGCUACAUCCACGUGCCUCACGAUCACUUGGCAUACCGUUACGAGGUCCUCAAAGUCAUCGGCAAGGGGAGCUUCGGGCAGGUGGCGAAGGUUUACGACCACAAGCUCCACCAGCACCUGGCCCUGAAGAUGGUGAGGAACGAGAAGCGCUUUCACCGGCAGGCGGCCGAGGAGAUCCGGAUCUUGGAGCACCUGAAGAAGCAGGACAAGACGGGCAGCAUGAACGCCAUUCACAUGUUCGAGAACUUCACCUUCCGCAACCACAUCUGUAUGACGUUCGAGCUCCUCAGCAUGAACCUCUACGAGCUGAUCAAGAGGAACAAGUUCCAGGGCUUCAGCCUGCAGCUGGUGCGCAAGUUCGCCCACUCCAUCCUGCAGUGCCUGGAGGCCCUCCACCGGAACAAGAUCAUCCACUGCGACCUGAAGCCUGAGAACAUCCUCCUCAAGCAGCAGGGCCGCAGCGGCAUCAAGGUCAUCGAUUUCGGCUCCAGCUGCUUCGAGCACCAGCGCGUCUACACGUACAUCCAGUCCCGCUUCUACCGGGCGCCGGAGGUCAUCCUAGGCUCCCGAUAUGGGAUGCCCAUAGACAUGUGGAGCUUUGGCUGCAUUCUGGCCGAACUGUUGACUGGCUAUCCUCUGUUCCCCGGUGAGGACGAAGGGGAUCAGUUGGCUUGCAUGAUGGAAGUCCUCUCCAUGCCCCCACAGAAGCUGAUGGAGCAGUCCAAGAGGGCUAAGAACUUUAUCAACUCCAAGGGGCACCCGCGCUACUGCACUGCCAGCACCCUGGCCAAUGGAACUGUGGUGCUCAACGGCAGCCGGUCGCGGAGAGGUAAAAUGCGCGGAGCGCCGGGCAGCAAGGACUGGGUGACGGCUUUAAAGGGCUGCGAUGACCCCACCUUCAUCGAUUUCUUAAAAAAGUGUUUGGACUGGGACCCUGCCACACGCAUGACCCCGAACCAAGCGCUGAGGCACCCCUGGCUUUACAAGCGUUUACCCAAACCUAUCGCUGCGGACAAAACGUCUGUCUCUAAACGGAUUACAGACCAUAGCACCUGCUUCCCAGGGAUUAUUUCCAAGCUGCCUUCCACAAUCGGAGCAGGCAAUAAACUGAGGACCAAUCUGAUGGGGGAUUCGAAUGGAAGCAUACCCUUACGCACUGUGCUACCUAAACUCGUAACCUAGGACUUUACAAUCCCAAUUAUGUGUGGACUGGUACAUAACUAUUGGUAGUUUUUAUUGUGGUGUUUGUUUUUUUUACACUUUUUAUGAAUUUGAGCCAAUUCAUUUUACAUAAUACAUUAACAAUGAAAAAAAAAAUAUUUAUAUAUCAUUUUAUCUAUACCACCUCUGGUCAGCUGUUUUUUUUUUUUCUUCUUAAUCGGCACUUUGGUCAGUGUAGUUUACAAGUCCCAUUCUUUUUUCAACACUAACCUUCAGAAGGUUUUGCUAGGAUACACACACACACACACACACACACACACACACAUAUCCAUGUCACUGUAGCAAUAACAAAAGGGCUAUAAUAAUAUCCAAUACAUUAAGGGCUGCAAUAGAACUUACUACUUCAGUGUAAAAUAGCACAAAAUUAAACAUCCUGAGAGAUUAAACUUUUUAAGUAAUUGCAGUUUUAAUAUGUAUAAAAUGCCACUGUGUUACAAUGUGAAGUUUUAUUUUUAGAUACCAAGGACCACAACCUCAUAUCCCUGUCUGUCUUCUGAGAGAAUUCAACCAGUAUGCUACUUGCUGCGAAGAAGACUUCUGGUGUUCUGCAUACUACUACAAUGUACAAGGAUGGAAAUACGACUCCUAUUGCAUAGCACUUUGAACCAUUCCUGGUUUUACAAUGAGUUUAAUAAUAACAGACAUGAGCUUGUUGCCUAUAAACUGUGACUAAUCAAGCUUGUGUUAAAGCCUGGAAUGGGUGAAACUGCUGUGCAGUAGGUACCUUAGAUUUUGUGUGUUAUCCAUGUUGCAGAUUCAGGUUUCACUGUAUGAUUCACUGUGUUGUUUGCCUAAUUAUUUUAGUCUUGGAAAGCUGCAUCUUUCCACACAGUGUGAUUAGUUAAAUACACCUUUUCCCCAUCACAUUGAUACAAAACUUGCAUGGCAGGUUAUUAUUGGGCACAGUACUAAUCAUUACAAAAAUAAAUGUCACAAAACUAUUUGUGGAAUUUUGUGGCGAUUAACAAACAAAAGUGCAGGAAAGCUGAUGUGAAGGAGCCAGUCUUUCGGUGCUGGUAUUGCAAUGCUGAUGAAAGAUCUAGAAGCUGGCACGCCUAACACAUCUCAGAAUAAAUCUGGAAGGGUUGGGUAGAUGUUGUCUUCAGUCCUUGUAGUAUCUCCUGACACUGGGUCACACAUUUCCAAUAGGGACUGUGGGGGUUGCUGCUCCUAGCGAGGGCUAUGGUAAACCUGCUAGUUGUCUGUUUUUAUUUUAAAGCAUUGGUUCUUUAUUGUCAUGCUGGAAAUGCUGGCUCGUUCAUUUCACCAGCCUGAUCCUCUUUGAAGAAGGUUUAGGAUUAGAGACAGAGUUUAGCUGGUCGUUUCUUUGCCAGAUUUACAAGGUAGGAAUCUGUAUGGUGUUCAGAUUUUAGUCUUAGAUUAAACGAUAAAGAAUGCGAUCUGUUUCAAAAAUAAUUUUUAAAAAAUGUGGUUCUGUAAGGCUUUAUUUGAAUAAAUACACACGCAAAGAAAGAGACAAUCGGGUUCUGUUUUAUUAAACGUUGCAUUGCAAGUGAAACAACUUCACUUUUUUUGCCAUUAAAGAAUCCUAAUUAAGAAACUAUUGUAAUUUUUUUAAAGAGAAAUUAGAGGUGUAUUGAGUAUAAUCCUAAAUAAUAAUAAUGUGAAUGAUUUCCAUACUUUUCUAUUUCCUUUGUCACUGGCUGAUACCAGAAGGUUUUUUCAGUUAGUUUUGUUAAUACUUUUGCACAGUAUUUCAUUAUUGUUCUUUUAAGUAGUUGUGAUCCUUGGUUCACUCUGGUUCAAAUAAGAUUAGUGUUGGAUUAUUAAAAAAAAACAAAAAAAAACUUGUGUACUAUAAUGGAGCUAUUCAAUAUUUUCUGAAAACUCUCAAUCUUGAUCACAUGUAUACCCUUUUAAAAUAUAUUCGUUUAGUGUUUGUAACUGAUGCAUAGCAACUCUUCUGUUAUUUCUAUUCAUGGAAGAGUAAGCCAGGUUGACUUGCCAAAUAUUAUUUUCUAUGAAGGGGAUAUUGCCUAUUAUCACUUUGAAUAACAAAAACCUUUCAGAAAUUUCCUUCAUUAAGCUAACAUGAGCCAAUAAAAAACUUAGUGGCACUCAUCCACUCCAGGUUAACAGAUAGUCAGGCAGUGACUAACACAUUUCAUAUGGUUUACAGAUCAUCGAGCAGUGAUAAACACAUUUCCAUUUCUGCUGGCAUAGUGAAUAGGUACUGCUAUAAUCUCUUAAUAGGGGGUUAUAACACUAGUGUGGUGAAUUGCUGUAAAAAUCAUAAUUGUCGCUCAUCUGCUAAGAAGUCUAAUCUUGUAUUUUCGAGUCUCUUUCUAGCUAAGGUUAUGGGAGGUUCAGAUCAUGAAGGUCAGUCUUUCAUACCAUUAAACAGAUUUCAGCAGGAUUUCAAUGUCUGUUUCCCAGGUUCAGCGUGUCUCUUUAGCAGGCUGAAUACAUGUUUCAGAAAGCCAUUUCAGUUUCAGCAUGGAAUCGUAGCUGUGCACUCCACAGAAUACUGGAUGCACGUGCGCUGUGAGUUCUAGUCCUGUGCCUUCAAUAAUUCAACUUGUGUUGUGUUGCAGCGUUGACUGCGUUUCUUUCAACUUUCAGGGUUUAUGAUUUUUGUAUUUUAUUUUGUAGACCUUUUAGAAUUUUGUUACGAAAAUAGUUUUAAGAAAUGAUGUACAGACUGUAAUUUUGAAUUUGCAAUGUUUUAGAAGUGUGACUAAUUCUAAUAGCAUGUGUAUUGUGUGUGUGUGUGUUUUUAAGGAGUAUGAGCAGGUAUUGUAACUCUUGAAGGUGGAAUACUUGUCAAGCUUGUAUUUGUUUAUUCAUUUUUUUUAGUAAAAUAAAUAACUAUAAUACAUGUA